UUUACAAAAGCAAAAAAAAAAGGAAUGCAAGUUCCGCGGAGUUCCAAAAGGAGUCACGUCUGCACAAAGGGUUACAUAAAUGUACGUCGAUUGAACACUACACAACAAGAACAAGAACAAGAACAAGAGAACAAGAGAACAAGAACAACGACAUUGGCGACAUUGGUGGAUAGAGCAGAGAUACAGCGGGAGAUACAGCGGGAUAUGCAGCGGGAUACACAGCGAUGGACAGAGAUGCACAGAUACACGGGUGUGUGGAUUAGGCCUACUGGGGAUACCACGUUAAAAAAAACGCGCCUAGAACUAUACCACAUGCUGGUGGUGUGGAAAUCAGUUCAUUCAACUGUUCAAACUUUUAAUUAAGAAUUAUUUUUAUUGCCAA